UCCACAUCAAAGCCAAGCUGCUGGCUUUGGUGUCACAUUACAGGCAGCACAAAUUUGCCGACAUGGAUCACUGUGUUUGAAAUGUGAAUGUCAACGACUGCCUCUCGUUUACUCCGAGGAUAUUUCUGGCAAUGUGUUGCUAGAUUCUAUUUUUAAAACCGGGAAUUCCCGUUGCGUCGUGGUUCUGACAGGACGAGUGGGUGAGAUUAGUCAGACCUCGAUAUUAGUGAGGUUCGUGAGGGUGAGGGGCAGGCUUCAGUCUGGAGGGCUUGGGCCGGAUAAGCCUAGUCGUUUGUAGCCUACUCAGCUCGUGAUCUAGUGAAGUAUACAUUUCUUUUUGGAGUUGCUGACUUGUUUUCUCAACCAGGAAGUUGGCAGGUUGGUGGUUUACAACGACAGACACACGGAUGUAUUCCUAGAAAGUUUGCUGCCUGUGCUCUGGUCUGGGUCUUCGAGCAACAAACCAGGAACAAGUUGGUUUUUACUGAGAUUAUUGUGAAAAGAGACGAUGGAUUAUGGUGGUUGGCUGGAUUCCGUGUGUGGUGUGUGAUCAAGAGGUCGCAGUUGAUGGCGGGAGUGUUCAGCCAUUUUCCACAGCCGGUCAGCUGGUUGAAGUGGCCAUCUUCGACAAUGAAUAUUCCUUUAGGGUUUGAGUCAGAGCUACAGUUUGAUGGCGAUUUGGAGGAGAGUUGUGGCGACGAUUUCACGGAGACAUCAGACGAUGACAGCCGCUCGCACCUGGCAGACGCCACGCGCGUGAGUGAAGACAGGAAAGAACUGGAAGCAGAGAGAAGCACGGACGUCACCACGUCUGAGGAGGAGGAGGUUAAGACGUCUGAGGAGGAAGAGGAGGAGGUUGGGACAUUUGAGGAGGAGGAGGAAGAGGUUAAGACGUCUGAGGAGGAAGAGGAGGAGGUUGGGACAUUUGAGGAGGAGGAAGAGGUUAAGACGUCUGAGGAGGAAGAGGAGGAUGUUGGUACAUUUGAGGAGGAGGAGGAAGAGGUUAAGACGUCUGAGGAGGAGGCUAGGACAUUUGAGGCGGAGGAGGAGGAGGCUAGGACAUUUGAGGAGGAGGUCACGACGUCUGAGGAGGAGGAGGAGGCUAGGACAUUUGAAGAGGAGGUUAAGACGUCCGAGGAGGAGGAGGUUAAGACAUCUGAGGAGGAGGAGGAGGAGGAGGAGGAGGAGGAGGAGGAGGAGGCUAGGAUAUUUGAGGAGGAGGUCCCGACGUCUGACGAGGAGGAAGAGGAGGAGGAGGAGGAAGAUCUGCAUUUACAAUGCGUGACAGGGGAGGCGAAUCUCAGCCAAACUGCUGGUCAAGAGGACGAGGACCAACUGGAUGUUUUAAGGCAGGUCGCUGCCUCGGUGGAUGAAGAGUCGGGGAACAAUUCAGGAUCCGCGCUUUCUUAUGACGAACAGGAAGCAGAGAGCCCUCGAAAAGUCGUUUGCCAUGAGGGCGAAGAAGAGGUCGAGAUCCUCAUACAAGCCGCCGCCUCUGCGGACGAGAGCAGAGCGACCUAUGGAUCUCUUGCUGCCUCUGCUGGUGAGAGUGGCGAGUCCUAUGGAUAUCUUGCUGCCUCUGUGGUCGACAGUAGACAGACCUACGGGUACGUCUCCGCCUCUGAGGACAACAAUGGAGAGACCUUGGGGCCUGCAGCCGUGUUUCAGAACGACAUGGAAACCAAUCUAAUCCAACAGACUGAAGAGGAUGAGGAGGUGGAAGAAGAAGAGGAAGAAGACGAGGAGGAGGGAGAAGAGAAAGUAGAAAUCCUAACAGAAUCUAAAUCUUGGGAAGACGACGAGGUGGAAAGCACCAGCCAAAGUUCAUCUUCCACAGACGAGGCACCCGCGACCCCCGGACACCUCGGGGGUCACGAGGAUGGGGAAGAGAGUGACAUCAUUAGGCAAGCCUCCUCGGACUCCUCCGAGGAGUCGAACAGUCUCUCCAGCGAGAUGGAGUCUGACGCAGACCAUGGAGAAGAGGAGAACGAAGAUGCAGACGGCGAUGAUAAUGCGAGGGUGCCUCUACCCGGCACUGACUUUUACUUGAACCAAGAUCUCUUCAACAACCUCUACAGUCACCAGAAGGAGGGUGUUCGCUGGCUGUGGGAUUUACACCAUCGAGCGGAAGGGGGAAUUUUGGGAGAUGACAUGGGGUUGGGCAAGACAAUACAGAUCAUCGCCUUUCUGUCAGGCCUUUUUGGGAUGAGGAUGCUCAGGUGUGUUCUCAUUGUCGUGCCCGUGACUGUUAUGGCCAACUGGCAGAAGGAGUUCAAGAGAUGGGCUCCGAGAAUAGCUGUGAUGUCGUUUCAUGGAACUCAUCGUCACGGAGCGCUGCACAGUGUUCACCAGCAUGGCGGCGUGCUCCUCACCACAUAUGGCACCGUGGUCAAAAGCUGGCAGCAGCUGUCUAAACGAAAUGAACAGGACUUUGUUUGGGAUUAUGUUAUCCUCGACGAGGGGCACAAGAUCAAGAACCCCACGAAGACCACUAAAGGUGUCAACGCUGUGAUGGCCAAGCAUCGUGUCAUCAUGACAGGAACUCCAAUCCAGAACAAUCUUAAGGAACUGUGGACACUUUUUGACUACACCCACCAGGGUAAACUGUUUAGGUCACUGAAGUCUUUCAAAAGGGAAUACGAGAGCCCCAUAGUCAAGUCACGUGAGCGAGAUGCUUCUCAGAAGGAGAGGAGACUGGGCAUAGAGAAGGCCAACAGUCUGAAGGAAAAAAUAAGCCCUUACUUCCUUCGCCGAACUAAAGCUGAUGUCUCUGGUGAUAAGAGUGGCGAAGGAGAGAAUGGCCAGUGUGAUGCGCAGACUCUCAAAAUGCCGGAGAUGACUUAUAAAAACGACUUGGUCAUCUGGCUUUACCUGUCUGAAAACCAGGUGAAGAUAUACCGGGACUUUUUGGAACUUGACAGCGUUCAAGAGCUGCUAAUGAAGAUUCACUCCCCGCUGGUGGCGCUCAAUGUACUGAAAAAAAUAUGCGACCACCCUCGCCUCCUGUCUGUGAAGGCCUGCCAUCAGCUGGGUCUCCAUGGAUACACGCUGGACGAGCAGGAGCUGGAGCUGCCGGCGGCGCAGCAGAGCGCGGUGACGAGGCUGUUGGAGUUGUCUGACGACCUGCUGGUGGAGGAGGCCGGCAAGAUGGGCGUCCUCAUCGCGCUGCUGGACAACCUCCGGCAGGACGGCCACCGCUGCCUUGUCUUCUCGCAGUCUCGCAAGAUGCUGGACAUCAUCCAGAAAGUCCUUCAAAACAGAGGUCACAAGAUAAUGCGGCUGGACGGGAAGAUAACUCAGACUUCAGAAAGAGAGAGGAGGGUACAAGAGUUUCAACAAGACCAGACGUACUCUGUCUUCCUGCUAACAACUCAGGUUGGAGGUGUUGGACUAACCCUUACUUCAGCUGACAGAGUCGUUAUUUACGACCCCAGCUGGAACCCUGCCACGGACGCCCAGGCGGUGGACCGCGCCUUCCGCAUUGGACAGACCCGCAAUGUGGUGGUGUACCGCCUGAUCACGUGCGGUACGGUGGAGGAGAAGAUCUACCGCCGUCAGAUCUUCAAGGACUCCAUCACGCGCCAGACGACCGGCAACGCCAAAGAUCCCUACAGGUACUUCACCAAGCAGGAGCUGAUCGAGUUGUUCAGCCUGGGAGACCCGCUCAGAUCCACCACACAGCAGCAGCUGCAGGGGAUGCACGGCAUGGACCGCCGGCGAGACCCUGAGUUGGAUGAGCACAUCGCCUUCCUGAGAACACUGCCUAUUUUUGGAAUCAGCGACCAUGAUCUGAUGUUCACCCAGGAGGUGCCACAGGAGGAAGAGGAAAAGGAAGAAGAAGGGGAUUUCCAGAAUGGCUUUGGUUCUGUUUAUGAUUACAGCGUUUACAGAGAUAAGGCAGAGUUGGCUCGAUUGCUGUUGGAGACAGAAUCUACAAACCAACCAGAGAGAUCGAGCUACGGGGGCUACGGUGCCACUUAUGGUAUCGACGGUCUGACAGGCAGACAACAACAUGCCAAGGAUAUUGUUGAUCUCACUGGAGACGACGACAAUGUUAUUGAUCUCACCAUUGAAGAUAACUUGACUGAAGUGAAGCAGGUCAAUCAUCUGAGUGGCUGCCACUGGAAGAAGCGGUACACGGCGGAGUUUGAUGAACCGCCCUUAGAGGUUGUGUCCCUACCCCCCAGUCUGCAGAACUUUUUUUCCUCUGGGACUGUGGGACCGAACUCCGUAGACAGGACGUACUUCCGGUCUCUCCCGUUCCAGAAUGUGGAGGAUCAAGAGGGAAAGAUCGGAUACAGCUCAAUCAAAACCAUUUUUGAGGAAGGUAUGAACGAAGGCCCGAUUCAGUGGGAGGAACUGAUCAAUGAUCUGUCAGAGGGGGCGUCUGGAGUCAACACAAUGAGUAACGGUAGCCCAGAGGAUUAUGGUCCAUUCGACCGGUUUAUUUCUGCUCAGGAUACUCAUAGUGGACCUGUGCGAGAUCCAGGCAGCGAGAAUUUUCAGACCUCGGUCCAUCGUCCUCUUGAUUUAAGUCUUGGAGGCCAUCUUCCUCACAAUCCACUCCAGUACUCAUUUACUGACUCACUGAGUGAGAGUGCGUUUGACGAUUUACCGCAGCACACGGCUGGUCAACAUGUUGCUCAAGAGACUCAAGCCCAUCAACUCAUUGCACAAAGCAAAGACCUGAAUAUUUCCGACAACCUACCCGUGUUCAGGCCAGUCGACAGUCGAGGCCAAAAUCCUCAGACCAGUGAGGAAAGUCUAAACUCUUUUACAGGCUUCAGCAGAUAUCCUUCUUUUGCCGAAAAUGAUAACAGGCUUUCUGAAAAUGGAACUUCAGACCAGCAAGCUUCAUACAGAUGGCACAGACCACUUGUCCUCAAUACGGAAAGUCAUCAAGACCGUCGUGCAGACUGGCAAAGUGUGUCUGAAUACCAUGACCAGCAUCGCCUGCAUGAGAAUGAAGAAUCGCGGGUUGGAUUUCAGAACCCAGAUGAGCACUCAGGUUUUGAGAGUCGACAAAUCCCGACCGCUCUUGUGAACCAAGACCAUACCUCCUUCACCGAUGGUGAACAAAGUCAGGAUAUCCUUCAGCACUUAAGUCAAAGAGCUGUGCCAGAGAGCAGACUACUUCAGGGACCCUUUGAUGCCUCAGACCCCAAAUCUCUUAUAGAAGUUGGAGAGAGUCAAGAUGCCUUUGAAGACCCCAGCCAGCAGUCGGUUUUAGAAAGUAAACAAAGUCAGAAUAUAACUGAAGACUCUGAUUACCAAUCUGCCGACAGUGGACGAAGUCCGUUUGUCGGUGAGAAUCCAAGGCGACAGUCUGUUCUAGAAGAACAAAGCGAGGAUGUUCUUGAGAAUCCAGACGAUCACUCUCUUGCAAACGGCGAAGAAGCGCAUGUUGUUCUUGAGGUCCUCGAUGAGCAACCGACUGGUGAGCGAAGGUCUCGUCCUCUGAAGAGGAGUAUAUUCAGGACAGAGACAGCGGAAGUCACAGAGGAGGAAGCUGUGUAUGUGCCUAAGCGCAUGCGCACUUCCACUUGUGCUGACACUGAUAUAUUGUUUUUGUCUGAAGACAGUAUGUUCAGUUCAGACAAAUCGCCUGAGACAGACUGUAUAGACAGUUCUAUGCCCCUGUACGAUGGAGGUCCUGUGGUGUCACAACACGUGUCCUAGGAAAGAUUUAGCACCGCGUUGCUAUAGAACCCGUUGCUAGGAGUCGUUUAAAUGUAUGACUGCUCCGAAGCACCAGCGGUUAAAGGUCAACCCGAGUACGAAAAAAAAGUAUUUUAAUACCUUAAUCUGCCUCAUUACAAGAUAUUAGUUAUCCUAAUCCAAACUCUGGUCCGUUCAGUGCGCACCUUUAAACAUCGUAGUUCUCAUCAAUGACUUCUCUUGCCCUCGAGUGAUGGAAGCUCACCGUUAGCAUGACUUCGAAACAUUGGCAGUGGCAGCAGACUUCAAUACAAUAAGUCAAAAUUUAGAUUGUUCCAGUGUUAACAUUUGUGUGACAUAUUAAUCAAGGAGACCGAUAUUUUCGAUGUUCAAUAUGUUUGCAACUCGAAGCUGUGUGUUGCCUUCAAGUGUCGAGACAGCGUGCUUCCCCCACAUAGAUAUAACGACAGGAUGGAAUUGAUCACAACUUACAUUUUUAUAAUGCUGGAUAUAAAUAUUUUUACAAAAGUGGUGUGAGGUAGUGUAAUGGAUGACAGAUAUUCCUGGCAUCAAGUUUAAUAACUUUUGCAGUAAAUGUUUAACGGUGCGAGAAGAAACUGGCCCCUUAAAAAAUCCUUGAUGUGUGUGUGUGUGUUCCUAAGAAAUCCUUGAUAUGACAUUCAGACGCUAUGCUUUCUAUUAAUUAUUGUUGUUCCUAAUGAUAAAAAAUUUAUUUUCAAAACUCUUGAAUCUAAAAGUAGACAAAAUGACAAAAGGGACAUUUUGGCUGCUUCCUUCAUUUUUAAUCUUUCAGCAUAAUAGACCUUUACUCUCCGCAUGCUCAAUAAUUUUGUACUCUUGCUCACAGCGCAGUCUCUUAUAUUGCACUUGGCAUAUAUCAAAGUUUAUGAAAAUGAAAGUUUAAUUCCAAUAAUAAUAAUAAUAAUAAUAAUAAUAGAGUAUACUAUACUAUUUUACAGUAUGCUUAGUGCACUUUCUAAAAAACAAAACAAGUACACAGGUAAAAUGCAAAUAACAUGCAUAUACGCAUUGACCAACUCAUAUCAGCAAACAAAUUUAGUGACAUUUCAACAGUAAUAAAUACAGCAGUGAACAAGAUGCGAUACGAUAUGAUAUUUUUAAUGAUUCAGGCUUCUGGCUUAAUUUCAUAGGGGUACAACAUGAUAAUACAUAAUGUAAAAUGCAUGUAUUUAAACUUACAUUUGUGCAUUUAUGAUACACAUGACUUUGUUUACUUUCAAACAUGCAUCAAAUCAUCCCAAUCACAGAUAUGUAUCAAGGCAAUAAUACAAUUAUUUAUAAGCACAAAUAUGCACAGGUGCAAGUAAAGAUAUGCAUUAAGUCAUUCAACACCAUAUGUCAGUAAAAACACAGGUACAGAGAUUAAUAUUUAUCAAAACAUCAAACCUGAACAAGAGAAAUACAAUAAGCAAGCCGUAACCACUCGGCAUUAAGAUUAUAGCAGUGAAGUUCGAUAGUCAAGGCGAAGUGAAAAUGUUGAUUUAGAAAAAAACUUUAUUGUGUUCAUUACUAUUUUUGAUUACUUGUGCUCACACUAUAAGGUUAAACAAUUUCUUGCGUGUCAUAUCAUCGUAUGCUAUUCUUAAAGUGAAUGAAUAAAUCCAAUAUCAACGACAACUUUUUCAGACGACGGUUACAAAUAAACAUGUUGUUAUUGUCAUUACAGUAUAAUUAUGUCCAUGUAUACCCGGGCAAGAAUGUUUAGAGCCAGAGUGAAUUUGGACAGGGGAGCGGAGGAGGGGUAGAAUUGAAUUGUUGAAGAAGGCAGAGAUUUUGACAAUGUAUUAUGUGUGUGGUUGUGAUCAGGAAUGUCUCUUGCAGUCAACAGGAGCCAACAUGACAGCAUUGGCAUUGUAUGUCGCACAUGACAAAUCUCCACAGCGGAAGGUGCGUUUAGUUCCAGACUAGCGUUGCUCUUCUGUGCUGGAGACAAAUAACGUGAAGAUGGUGCAGACGACAAACGGUUUUUGUGGAUUUUGUGCAGGACCCGUCAACGCCUUGCUAUCAUUGUGUGAUAAAAUCCGUCCAAGCGACAUCUUUCCGAAGCAGGCAUUAUUGUCAAGCUAAGCCAUUGCUUCUUUUGUAUAGAUCGCAGUAGCCUCUUCCAAAUGAAAUGUCGAUUUGAUGUUUAAAAAUGACUAAAAAAGAUUUACACUUGUUAUUCCGUUGUUUUCAAGCAGUCGCAUCGAGACUUCCUGUCUUGUUGGGGGAAGGGGACCACAUCACUGCCUUGUUUCUAUUUUGAAGACACAAUAUUUUAAAACCAUCUUAAAAUAAACAGACUCAAGCCUUCUGUUUAAUUUAUAAGCGGAAAGUUUGAAAUAAAUGUGCAAGCAUUUU